UAAUCGUUGUCAAUUGAAAAAUAGGUUUGGGAAAAUUUUAUCUAAAUGAAAAGAUGACAUCUAACGCAGUAUAUGGCAAUCAGAAAUGAACCUGAUAUCACUGCCAUGCACUGUAUGCAUUUCAUUUGCGAUCAUCACUGGAUUUUCAAAGAAGGUUUCAUAUUUUUGUCCUGAGGACUACAUCUGGGAUGAAAAUGAAAGCAAUUGUCGGGAAUGUAGCCCUGGUUUUUCUGGAAUUAACUGUUCGCAGCAAUGCAGAUAUCCCAAUUUUGGAUCACAUUGUCAAGGAUUAUGCAAUUGUGAAGAACGCCUUUGUAAUGUAUCAUUUGGAUGCAGUUACGAUGAUGUUACAACUUUCCCUGUUAAGCCAACCAAAACAAAUUGUAAAGCUGGUUAUUUUGGAAUAAACUGUUCAAGGCCAUGCAGAUUUCCUAAUUAUGGAGAAGAUUGUCAAAGCGAGUGUGAUUGUGAAGAACAUGUGUGCAAUGUAUCGUUUGGAUGUAGUUAUAAUAAUGUAACUUCCGUUACUCCCAAGACAAGGCAAACAAGUAUUUUUGCAACAAAAUAUGGACCGCAGAAAAGGGAGUCGUCGGGAAUCAUGAUCAUGAUAGGAAUAUUAACAUCAGUUGGUUUUUGUCUUGUUAUAUUCUCAAUAAUAGUUAUAGCAGUUUUAAACAGGAAACAUUUCUCUCGAAGAAUACGACAAACGGAACAAUUCAUCGAUUCAGUGAUGGUGGAUAAUGCAUUGAGUAGAACCAUGUGAAAA